GCCGCUUUGAAUCUCUACUAAUAUUAAUGCGCAUGUCUCAUGGUUUAUGAACGCGUCACUCAGAUGAAUGGAUGAACUUCUGUCACCAUUAGUAACGUCUUCGGGCAGAAGAACACAUGGUCAUGAUGAGGAUGGUGGGACUUUUGCUCUCUGUGAUGAUGGUCUAUGUCCUCCUGAUGAAUGCUACGGUGGAAAGCACUGCAGAAUUUGAUCCAUAUAAAGUUCUUGGAGUCACCAGAAGCGCAAGCCAAGCAGAAAUCAAGAAAGUGUAUAAACGCCUGGCCAAAGAAUGGCAUCCUGAUAAAAACAAAAAUCCUGAAGCUGAAGACAUGUUCAUCAAGAUUACAAAGUCAUAUGAGAUCUUAACAAAUGAGGAGAAGAGAGCCAGCUACGAUCGUUAUGGACAAACAGAUAACACUCACACGAAUGGACGCGGCCACCAUGGCUUCCGCCACUUUCAUGACAACUUCUACUUUGACGAGUCUUUCUUUCACUUUCCCUUCAACAAUAAGGGUGGCCGGGACUUUGCUGACAGCAAGUACACAUUGCACUUCAACCAGUAUAUCAAUGAAGUUGUGCCUGACAGCUUCAAGAGGCCUUACUUGAUCAAGAUCACCUCAGACUGGUGCUUCAGCUGCAUCCAUAUUGAGCCAGUCUGGAAAGAAACAGUGCAGGAAUUGGAAACUCUAGGGAUUGGAAUUGGUGUGGUUGAUGUUGGUUAUGAGCAGCGUUUAGCAAAUCAUUUGGGAGCACAUCAGACUCCAUCCUUUCUUGGUGUCGUCAAUGGAAAAGUGGCUUUUUUCCAUUAUGCUGUUGUAAAAGGCCACCUGAUGCAGUUUGUAGAAGAUUUGCUGCCACAGAGACUAGUUGAAAAGGUUACAGACAAGAACAACCAAGAGUUUCUGAAGAGCUGGCAUGAGCUGAACAAGCCACAUGUUCUCCUGUUUGACCAAGUGCCUUCGGUCCCUUUGCUUUAUAAGCUUACAGCAUUUGCCUAUAAGGACUAUGUGCAGUUUGGAUAUGUGGAUCAAGGUCUUUCUGAGACCACUGACCUGCUGAGAAAAUUCAACAUAAACACUUAUGCGCCAACCAUGCUUGUCUUCAAAGAGGACAUUGAGAAGCCUGCAGAUAUUAUACAGGCUAAAGGGAUGAAGAAGCAGAUAAUAGAUGAGUUCAUCUCCAACAACAAGUUCCUCCUGGCUCCCCGUCUGGUAAACCAGAAGCUAUUUGAUGAGCUUUGCCCUGUCAAACAGUUCCAUCGUCGCAGGAAAUAUUGCAUUCUACUCAUCACUGGUGAGGAAGAGUCCUUCGCCACAGGAAAUGAAGCCUUCCUCUCGCUAGCCUCUGCAAACACUAAUGAUGUGCUGCGAUUUGCUUACGUCUACCAGCGACAUCAGCAGCCCCUAUGCGAUGUUCUCUGGAAGAACAAAGACAGCACACCACCACAGGUAAAUGUUAUCUUCUUCAUGCAUUUUUGUUUCGAGAAGAAAAUACUUGAGCAUUAUAGGGGUUGA